CAUCAGAAACACGUGCAAAUGUGGAACAUUAUUGAAUGAAACAUUUGUCAAUUUUUUCUUCAAAAAGUCUGAAAAGCAACAAUGGUUGGAAAGUCUCGAAAUAUUUCAUCAAAUUUAACUGAUAAUCAAGUUUGGGAAAAAGUUAAAAUAAAAGGAAAUAUUUUAUCUGAUGAUGGCGGUGGGUUUGAAGGUUUAAUUGGAUUAGAAGUCCUUGAAAACUAUGACAAGGCUUUGGUCGGAAAAGAAAAGAAAAAAAGAAGGAUUUCCAACAAAGAAAAAAAGCAACUUAAAUCCAAAAUUACAGUAGAAAAAAGAAAGCUUACUGAACAUAAUUUGGAUACCAUAGAAAAUGAUGAUAUUAAUACGCCACCAUCAAAAAAGUCAAAAAAGAAAAAUGAGAAACUCAAUCAAAAACAAAUUCCUGGUAGAUUUGUUCUUCUUAAUUUGCCCAACAGUGAAGAUGAAGGUAGUGAUCGUGGUGAGGAAAGUGAUAUGAUUGGUGAACUAAAUGGAUGGGAUGGCCUUGGUGUUCCGUAUCCUAUAUUAAAAAGUCUUGUUGAAAGAGGAUUUAAAUCACCAACAGAAAUUCAAGCCAGGACUCUUCCAGCGGCAAUACUGGGCAAAAAAGAUAUUUUGGGAGCUGCUGAAACUGGAAGCGGAAAGACGCUAGCAUUUGGGAUACCUAUUCUUGCUGGCAUAAUGGAAUUAAAAGCUAAAAAUUCUAGGUUUGGCAUAAGGAAGCCAAUAAAAGAAGUUUCAAAGAGAGAAAAUCGAAAAGAUCGCGAGAACUUAUCUCCUUCAAGAGAAGAAUUAAGUGUCUAUCCAAUAUUACCACAAGAAGAAGAGGAUCAAAUAACUGGUAAUAAUAAAGACAAUUAUAAACCCCUUUAUGCAGUAGUUUUAACUCCAACAAGAGAACUGGCAGUUCAAGUAAGAGAUCACCUUGCUGCUGCGGCUCAAUAUACAGGAAUCAAAGUUGACGCGGUUUUUGGGGGAUUGUCAAUAGCCAAACAAGAAAGAGUUCUUAAAAGUUGUCCAGAAAUUGUUGUAGCUACUCCGGGAAGAUUUUGGGAGUUACUGCAACAAGAAAAUCCUCAUCUCAGCAAAAUUGAUGAUAUAAGUUUUCUGGUUAUUGAUGAAACUGAUCGUAUGGUUGAAAAGGGACACUUUGAAGAACUUAAACUUCUUAUAAAUCGUUUGAAUGCUGACGAAGAUAAAAAACAAGUUCGCCAGAACUUUAUUUUUUCUGCAACCUUGACAUUGGUUCAUGAUUUGCCUGAUCAUUUGCAAAAAAAAAAUGUUGGCAGAAAAAAUAAGCUUGUAAAAUCAACACCUGGUUUGAAAAUUCAGAAAUUCAUCGAAGACCUAGGCAUUUCACAACCUAAAAUUGUCGAUGUCACCACAAGCGGGCAAACUGCCCACACGCUAACCGAGUGUCGAUUAAUUUGUCCCAUCGAUCAUAAAGACUAUUAUCUUUACUAUUUCAUCCAACGCCAUCCGGGCAGAACAAUAGUAUUUUGUAAUUCAAUAGAUUGCGUCAAAAGACUAGCAACACUGUUUGGAUUAUUAGAGUGUAAGCCACUGCCUUUGCAUGCGAGUAUGAUUCAAAAGCAAAGAUUAAAAAAUCUCGAAAGGUUUAGAGAUAACGUUGAUGGUUUACUAAUCGCAACGGACGUUGCAGCAAGAGGUUUAGAUAUUCCAAAUGUUGAGCAUGUCAUACAUUAUCAGGUUCCCAGAACUAGUGAAAACUACGUUCAUAGAUCGGGAAGAACUGCAAGAGCUAAUCGCGAUGGUAUUACGGUUAUGUUUAUGGAACCUGGAGAAGUAAAGAGUUAUUUAAAGCUCUGUAGAACUCUGGACAGAAGUGAUGACUUACCCAUAUUUCCUGUGGCGGAAAGAUAUUUAAUUUCAGUUAAAGAACGUGUUAAUCUUGCUCGAGAAGUAGACAAACUGGAAUUAAAAAUUCGAAGGUCACAAUCCGAGAUUGGUUGGAUGACAAAGAAUGCAAAUGAAAUGGAAAUAGUUCUUGGAGAUAUGGAUGAUGAUUCAAACAAGAGUGAUGACGAUGAUGCUUUUAUUAUUGAAAAGAGAAGAAAUCGUCAACAUUUACAAAGUGUAAGAGAACAGUUGAAACAAUUGCUAGGGCAACAAAUCUUUCCUAAAGGCUUCAGCUAUAGGUAUCCCACCAGUACAGGAAAGCUGGAAAUGCCAAUAAUGGCUGAAACAAAUGUCGAAAAUAAUGCGAACAGUGCAGUGAAAGUAAUGAAGAAAGCAAUUGACGAUUUAAAGGUUGAAAAGAAAUUGAGAAAUAAAAAGAAAAAAUAUUAAGUUCUUACUUUAAAUUUUUGUUAAACAAAUAAAAAAGUAGGUAUACAAAAAUAUAUCACUUUAAUUUAUGUGUAUUUUAUUCCUAGAUUAAAUUAAAUUAAACUUUUUAAUAAAAGAAUAAAAAAAACACUUAAAGAUUAUUGAUAAAUGAUAAGUUUUUUGACGGGCAAAUAAAUGAAUCUAAUUCCAACACUUCUAA